UUUCCAAUAAUAUUCAACGACAAAGGAAUAAUCGAAUACGACGCCAACACACUGUCACCCUAUACUCCUUUUCAAUCCCUAACAACAUUCUCUCUCUGUUCCCAUCAUCAUCAUCAUCAUCAUCAUCAUCAUCAUCACCAUCACUAUAGUAUGGUCUGAGAGACUCAAACCCUCGCGAUGGGUGCCUCGCUGUCGAACCUUGGAUCCAACGGUUCGACCAUCGUUCCAAGCCUCGGCGACAUCCCGGAGAAUUGCGUCGCUCGCGUUUUUCUUCACCUUACUCCGCCCGAGAUUUGUAACUUAGCUCGUCUUAAUCGCGCUUUUCGCGGCGCCGCUUCUGCUGAUUACGUUUGGCAAUCUAAGUUACCUUCUAACUACCAACACCUUCUCCGUUUAAUGCCUACGGAACGUUGCCAGAAUCUAUCUAAGAAAGACAUUUUCGCUAUUCUAUCGAGGCCGUUACCGUUUGAUGACGGAAAUAAGCAAGUGUGGUUGGAUAGGGUUACUGGUAGGGUUUGCAUGUCGAUUUCGGCCAAAGCUUUGUCGAUUACUGGAAUUGAUGAUCGUAGAUACUGGACUUGGAUUCCAACUGAAGAAUCUAGGUUCACUGUUGUAGCAUAUCUCCAGCAAAUAUGGUGGUUUGAAGUGGAUGGGGAGGACGACUUUCCAUUUCCUGCUGAUAAUUAUACUCUCUCCUUUAGGCUUCAUCUUGGCAAAUUUUCCAAAAGGCUCGGUCGGCGCAUAUGCAAUUAUGAACAGACCCAUGGUUGGGAUAUAAAGCCAGUGAUAUUUGAGUUGUCAACUUCCGAUGGUCAACAAGCAUCAUCCGAGUGCUGCUUGGAUGAAACUGAGCAUGAUGGGACAUACAGCAAUCAUAAGCGAGGAUGUUGGGUAGAUUACAAGGUAGGUGAGUUUACUGUGAGUGGAUCAGAACCUACAACUAAAGUUAGAUUCUCCAUGAAACAGAUUGAUUGUACACACUCAAAAGGUGGACUUUGUGUAGAUUCUGUAUUUAUCAUACCUAGCGAUUUGAGAGACCGCAAUGGAGGCGGUUUUUUUAAAUGAUUACACAGAAUAGGGAUUUUUUUUUUACCUUGGUGAUGUCAAAUAUCCCAGAACACAGCUACACUUGUGAAGAAAGUUUAGAAUGUGGAGAAUAUAAUCUUUUGUUGGGUUUUAUUUUAUUUUUAUCUUUUUUUUUUUCUACAGUUAGCCCGCAUGUGUAUCUCUAGUUUUAUGUAAUCCCAAUCUCUAUGUAUUUAUAAGUCAUUUCCAUGUUAUAUAGUUUUGUCAGAUGAGAUUGAUAAAGAAUGAAGAAAACAAGCUUCGCCGAAACUUCA